AUGAAAUAGAGAUUAGUAACUUAAGCUGAUGAAGGAUCUUAGGAUAAUCCUAUUCAAAAAUCAAAUUCAUCAUAGAAUUAAUUUCAGAUUCUUUAAGUUGUUGGUAAUGGUACUUUUGGCAUGGUCUAUUUGGUAAUUAAUUUAAGUAAUUUGACAUGUAGGCUCUUGAUACAAAAUCUAAUGAAAAAGUUGCUAUUAAGAAAGUAUUUUAAGAUAGACGAUAUAAAAAUAGAGAACAUCUAAUAAUUUAAGAAUUAAAUCAUCCUUGCAUAGUAAAAUUAAGAUAAGCCUUUUUUACUUAAGGUGAUAAUUCGAAAAAUGUAAUUAAUAUAAUAACAUUUUAGGCAGACGACAUAUAUUUAAAUUUAGUAAUGGAUUACAUUCCAGAAACUUUAAGUAAACUCAUUCGAAAUUACAGAAAGAAUAAAACAGCAUUUCCAAAUAUUUUACUGAAGAUCUAUAGUUAUUAAAUGUUAAGAGCAUUAGCAUAUUUAUAAGGUAUUUUUUAAUAUUAUAAUAUAGGUAUUGGAAUUUGUCAUCGUGAUAUUAAGCCUUAAAACAUUUUGGUUAAUCCUAAUAAUCAUGUUUUAAAAAUUUGUGAUUUUGGGUCAGCAAAACGAUUAAUACCUGGAGAACCUAACGUUGCUUAUAUUUGUUCAAGAUAUUAUAGAGCUCCUGAAUUAAUAUUUGGUGCAACUGAAUACACAACAUCUAUUGAUAUUUGGUCUAUUGGUAUAAAUAUAAAAUUAUUCAAAAAAAGGAUGUGUUAUUGCUGAGAUGCUUACUGGUGAACCUCUUUUUCCAGGAGAAUCAGCUACUGAUUAACUUGUUGAAAUAAUCAAAAUAUUAGGUACUCCUACAAUUGAAUAAAUUAAAUUAAUGAAUCCUUAACAUUAAGAAUACAAGUUUCCUUAGAUAAAAUGUCAUCCAUGGGCUAAAGUAUUCAUAAAAAUAAGUAUAGGUAUUUUCUAAAUUUAAACCGGAACCCUUGUUUAUUGAUUUUGUUAGUAAAUUACUAGUUUAUCCUCCAAAAGAGAGACUAAAACCAUUGGAGGCUUUGCUACAUCCAUAUUUCGAUGAAAUCAGAUAAUAAGGAUUUAGUAUGCCAAAUGUGUAAUUACCUAAUUUUUUUGACUUUUAAAAAGGUAAUAAAUAUGACUAUAUUAAAAGAGGAAUUAUAGAUACAACCUGAAAUAGCUCAUAAGUUAACCCCUUCUUGGUUAAAAUAAAAAUAGUGA